UUGAGCUGAAAACAGUCAACGUCUCUCACAGAGAUUCUUUUCCAGCACCUUUAUUUAGCUUGAAUGUGAAGUUUUAACAUGCGUGUUGGAAACAGAAACCUGACAUGGACGCUGAUGUUUCUGUCUGGUGUUAUUUGCAGUCAGUGGAAAGUGGAAUAUCCACAGCUAAAUAUCUGUGCAAUGAAAGGCUCGUCUGUUGUUAUUCCUUGUUCUUUUCACCAUCCUGACAACCUGAGGCCAGAGAAAGUCAUCUGGGGUCAUGUUAAGUAUCAUCGAAAGAAGGCCCAUCUUAUUUUUGUUGGCUUUGUUAAAUCAAGAUUUAAGUACAUUGGUGACUCAUAUAAGAACUGUUCUUUAAAAAUACACCAAGUGGAUUGUAUGGAUACAGGAAAAUACGGCAUCAAAUUUAUUUAUAAUAACACAAAGCGCUUUCCGGCUGCUACAUCCAGCCCAACAUUAAAAAUCAAAGAUCUGAAAGUUGAACUUAAAGGGAACAAAACCAUUAAAGAAGGAGGAUCUGUGAAUCUGACCUGCAUUAACAGCUGCGAUGGAGAGGUUUCAUCUGCUUUUGUUUGGUUUAAGAACGGAGAGCCCGUAAAUGACGGAGCUGUGCUUUAUUUAAGCAACGUGUCACAUACAAGCUCCGGAAACUACACCUGUUCUUUAAAAACACACACGAGAGCAAUGUCAAGAAUCGUACAUAUUAAUGUUGAAUAUUCUCCUAAAAACACGUCGGCUUCCAUCAGUCCUUCAGCAGACACAGAUGCACAUAUCACCCUGGUCUGUCAUAGCCAUGCAAACCCCCCAGUGGAGGCUUAUACCUGGUUUAAAUCAGCUGAAGGUGGUUCUGUGGUUGUUGGACAUGAACCUGUGUUUUCGCCUGGCGAUAGUGGGCGAUACUUCUGCAGUGUCACCAACAAACAUGGAAACCAAAACUCCUCUAUUGUUACAGUAAAUAUAAAAGCAUUUUGGACAACAUUAUCCAAAGUUGUACUAAUCAUUGCCACUGUUGCUGUGCUUCUCCCUGUGGCCGCUGUUUUCAUAUUCAGAAGACUCAACAGUAACAGAGCAGGCAUCGUACAGAAUACCAUAAACUGUCCCGAAUUUACCAGCAAUCAACAACAAGACAGAUGUGCAUGUGAAGAAGAAACAGCAGAAAUAGUGUACACGGAGGUUUACUUCCACACCGACAGGAACAUGCAGCAGCACACGGCUUCUCAUGAUGAUGAAGAUAACCGGACUGUGAUUUACAGCACAGUGUCCAGGGAAAGCCCCGCAACAACUUAAUAAUUCUGGACCAAAUCUUGAAUGCAUCAUAUAUUGACAUGAAUGAACGGAGCGAUUAGUUUUGAGUGCAAAUCUGUUGUGAACUCAAAGAAAGGUUCUCAUAGGUGACUUUAACAUGUUCUGACCCAUGUAUGUAAGCUCUUACACUCUUGCAAAUUGUUAGUUAUUUACAAUCAACAUGGCCAACAACAAAGACAUCAAGACCUAAGACAGAAAAACAAAUAAUAAAUACACAGCUCGGCCAAAAAAAGUCACCAUCUGGAAUUUAACUCAAAUAGUUCAGAUCCUCCCGUUGGAUAAUUACUGCAGUCAUUAAUAUGUUUUAGCUCUACAAGUUUUUCUUUUUUUUAACCCUAACUGAUGCAGUCUUUCUUAAACACUUAUAAGAUUGGACAGUCCCUAGGAUUCCUCAGCCUAAAAUUGUGAAAGAGUGGUUCAGGUACCAUCAGACAUUUGGAUCACACAUGGAUUGGCCACUGCAGAGUGAAGAUAUGAACCCCACUGAAAAUCUUUGGGAUGUGAUGGAGACGAGUUCAUACAGCAGUCCGACUCUACCAUCAUCAAUACACAGCCAUGGAGAAAAAUGAAGUCUGGACAGAAGUACAUGUUAUUUACUGGGACAUUGCAUAAGCAUUUUGUUGCAUAAAUGAUGCCAUAGCAAAUAUGUCUGGUUGUCAAAGCUGCUUCUUCUUCUUCUUCUUCUUUCCCCUCCAUGACACCACAUUCCAGAGUUAUUGAUAGCCUCAUACCAUAAUUGCCUAAGUCUUGGCCACAUUGUGAUAUGUUUAUAUCUUUACUGUAGCUGCCGUCCAAGGCAUCACUCAUAUAUUCAGUUCAUAAUUUUCAAGAGCAUUUAAAAACAUAACACAUUCACAGUAAUAAUUCCUUUAAAUAGUCAAUAAAUAAAUAAUGCACAAAAUGCAGUAAAUUCAUAGAAAAUACAUUUUAUUUGUUUGAUUUAAAAACAUAGAGGUAAGAGGGGAACCAAAAUGUUUGUUCCGCAUGUUCACGUUGCCCCCAGGGGAUAAGAUUAUUAGUACACUCCAUGAGCCACAUGAGGCCAUCAUGCACGACAUGUUCUACCUGUAAGGUCUGCAAAAGGACAAUUCAUAAGAACCGAGCUAAGAAAUUUAAAACAUAUCUUUUAAGAAGAUGCUGUGAAACCCUCUGUUUUAUUCCUUUGGAGUUUAUGCGGCCAAUGAGGUAAAGUUUGUCAGUUUUCUUUGUUAAUAGGUCAUGUGAAUGCUACGUGAAGCCAAUUAAGCCUGUUAUUUUAUAUGUGUGCUUUAUUUUGUUUAAUGGGCAUUCAUUUCGUCAUCUUGUGUCAAAUCUUUAUAUUUUUGUAAGUUAAUUUAAGUCUUAACAUUUUCUUUUCUUUAGUUCUGACAGCAUUGUUUGGGCAUAAUCACUGUUGGGCA